GGAAAGCAAAACACCAGCCAUCCAGAGCCUGCCAAGAUGAGUGACAGCACUUCUCUGAGCCCUCCGGCACCAAGCCAGGGUCCUCUUACCCCACGCAAAGGUCCCCCCAAGUUCAAGCAGAGGCAGACUCGACAGUUCAAGAGCAAGCCUCCCAAGAAAGGUGUGAAAGGGUUUGGAGAUGACAUCCCAGGCAUGGAGGGGCUAGGAACAGAUAUCACAGUGAUCUGUCCCUGGGAAGCAUUCAGUCACCUGGAGCUGCACGAGCUUGCUCAGUUCGGGAUUAUCUGAGGAGUCCAGAGUCUGGCCUGCUCUCAAGAGCAUCCGCUGUGGAUGCCACCCUUUUAACCCGAUUGGUCUUUCUGAGUCUUGACACCCAGCAUUUGAAAGGGAUUUC